UGGAGGCCAACGGGCAUUCACAAUCCUACGGUCUGCUUGUGCUUCAUCACCAGCUGCCUUCUACCCACAGCCAGCCUGCAGCCAUGGCGUUCAACGGAACCUGGAAGGUCGACCGCAGCGAUAACUAUGACAAGUUCAUGGAGCAAAUGGGUAUUAACAUCAUGAAGAGAAAGCUGGCAGAGCAUGACAACCUGAAGAUCACCAUUGAGCAGACCGGGGACAAGUUCCACCUCAAAGAGUCCAGCACUUUCCGCACCAAAGACAUCGACUUCACCCUGGGCGUCCCGUUCGACUACAGCCUGGCUGAUGGCACAGAAGUCUCAGGUACGUGGGAGAUGGAUGGUGACAUGCUGAAAGGAAAGUUCACCAGGAAAGACAACAGCAAGGUCCUGACCACCACCAGAGCAGUGGUGGGAGGAGAGCUCGUACAGACUUAUAACUAUGAGGGAGUGGAUGCUAAGAGGAUUUUCAAGAAGCAGUAACCUGGAGUGCAAAGUUCAUAUUUUAUUUUUAUAUAGAUGACACGAUGUAGAUGUGUUUUUUCUAACAAUAAGAUAUGGCUAUGUCAAGUGUUUUCUACAUCACAUACCUCAAAAUGUUUUCUAGAGUUUGAAAGGAGGAAUAGUCGACCAUAGCAUUGCACUGUGAGAGGGUGACAAGCCAAUACCAAGACUAAGGGAGACCGCCCGUCGCCAUGUCAGCCUAAUGUGCCUUAGAAAGAAUCUUAACAACCAGUAUCCCAGAAAUGGCUACAGACUCUUGUGGUAUCCACUCAUGCAGAUAGUUGGUUUCUCUUUGCCCAGAUUUUGAGAUAUUUGUCUCGGAGAUUUAUAAUUCCACCUCACUACCAAAGAGGAGGAUGGCAUUUUGUUUGUGUUUCUCCCUGCAUUGAAAAACGACAUUUUGAAAAAUUCAACCGCAGCUUGUCUUUUCAGAAACAACGUCCUGGUUACUGGUGAUAAUCCACAGAACAUGUGAACAGUUUUCACAGGGACCACUUCAUUGGUACAAUGUGGUUCCACGGAAAGCUUUUUACAUGUGUGUGGAUUCUCCAGGGUAACAGGAACAUUGUGUUUGGAAAUACAUGCCAGUGCUGAAUUCUUUUUAAAUGUAGUUUUCAGUGCUGUGAGCAACGCUGAUGGGAAUUCUUCCAGCUCCUUGGUAUCAGGGCGGAGGCAGAAAUCUUAGAGUGAAUGGCUUAAAAACGGGGUGAAAAGUACCACAAAUAUCAACAUGAUAGGAUACAAGUGUGACGAACUUACCCUUCAAAUGACUCCAGUGUGUCAAGAAAAACACCUAGUCCCCCACUGGACUGCAUCACUGUGAUGGAAAACUGCACAAUGAUGACCACACACAACAUGACAUAGUCAGUUUGCACUAAUGGUUCUAUAUUAUAGUCUGUAACAAUAAAGCAACUUUCAUGUGUCA